GUGCAGCUGAUGCCCCAAAAUGCGUCACAAAGUUCCUGUCGACUGUCUCUGCCAAAGAAUUUAUAGUCAGGAGCUCAGCGCCCUUGCUGGAUGUGUUCGAGGAGCCCUUCUUCCACCGCACGGUCACGUGGCGCGUGCACUGCCGUCUCGACGGUCAGACGUACCUCGCCACGUACGGCCACACCGAGACGUCUGACGAUGAGUUGACGGGGAUGACGUCAUCAGGAGACAUGGAUGAGGCUGCCACGUGGCUGUGGUGCGACCACCCGCACGUGAUGCGCGUGUGGGGCGUGGUUGUGGAUGAACCUACGCGCAACCUCUUCUACCUGCUCGAUACGCCCAUAGCUACGCUGGACCAGGUCGUGAAGCGCCUCAAGCUUCGCUCCAUGAGCAUCCCUGAGCCGCUCAUAUGGAGCGUGCUGGUGAGCGUGACGUCCGCUCUGCUCCAUGGGGCCCGUCACGGGCUCCGACGUGCCCCCCUGCUGCUGGGGAACGUCUUCCUCCUACGUCGGGGCAUCGCCGUCGAGAACGGGCUUACCAGCAAGAGCCCACUAGCUGCGUGCAGCUGCAACAACAACAGCAACAAAAACAACAACAACAACAUGACAGUCAGUCACCAACCCUCAACAACCAUCACUACUAAUAACAAUGACAACAAAAACAACUACUACCUCGAUGAUUGCCGUUUCGAUUCCAUUGCCAAAAACAAUGAAAACAAUAGCCAUGAAGAUACUUACAAUAUUGAUGUCUCCUAUGACAAUAACUAUAAUCACAGUGCCAGCUAUAACAUUGCCUUCAAUAACUACAAUAGCACCAAUAACUACAACAAAAUUAACAUUAACAAGAAAAACAACCACAAUAACUACGUCAAUACCAACAGUAACUGCAGCAUCACCGAAAAUGAACACG